AUGGUCGCCGCAGCCGCAACCGAUUCUGCGUUGCCAACUCUCCCUGGCGGUUACAAUUAUCCGCCUCCUACCGUUCCUCCUACAGCCGGUGCCCCUUACCUCGCGUCAUCAGGACUACCAGAAAACUUUGUCUUUAUUGUCGUGGGCGCCGCUCUGGGCUUCAUAGCCCUAUUGGUUAUAGGAUGGCAAAUCCUAAUGUCAUGGUCAAUUAACCGUCGCUUCAAACGCGAUGCGAGUGCGACUGGAACUGGGAAUGUUUCCUACACACCCCUACCAGAUUUCAAGAAAAACCCGGCUGCGCAGUCCUCACACGAUAUGGCGGAUCUAAGUAAACUCCCCAGGUCGUUUUCAAGCGUUCCCAGCCUAUUCUUCUCGCCUACAGCAGAGGUCGCAAAACAAGCUCAACGCCCUCCAAGCAGUCAGCAUCAUCACCUGCCGGCAGGUCAUUAUAGAGAUGCCUCGGAUUCAUAUCGUCGUUAG